CUAAAUCAAACAGUCUCCAAUUAACCCUUUCUGCCGAAAGCCUGUAUGCCACUGUUCUUUCUACACUCUCCCUUGCCCUUGCUUCCAUCAUUCGUUUUAUUCUUCCUACUCUCUCUCCUUAUUGUCGCCUUGUUGUCGUUGUUGAAGACUUUCCCCCUUUUCACAGUACCCGCCGCCGGCCUCGCCCCAUUCAUCAUCGCCGGCACGUGGAAAGGCGACUACAAUGACACAGCGCAGACUCACCCUACCACCUCCAGAGCUGAUGAUAUGACCAGCCCAGCAGCAAUAAUGAUGAUGAUAGAGUUGAUGUGUCAUUCCGCAUGGAAUCAAGCGACGGGCCUGACAGCAUGUCUGAGACCGACCUGA